GUACUUGCACAGGCACAUGAUGACAUGGAAGAGGUUGACGGUUGAAGUGGAAACUUCGGACCAUGCCUCGUUCAUGCAGACCCACCUGAAUGCGGCCUCCUCUUGUUUGAGCCCGGCGAGGACAGAGAGUUCGACUACUCCGGUUGUGGCAAGGUUGCAACAAGAGUUAUUCCAGCUCCAGCAGAAAGGGAAUAUGAUCCACGCCUAUGUGGCUGAGCUCCUGGUCAGACUGCGUCGCCAGCGAGUGCGGGAAGGCACGUGCGAAACACUGGAUCUGCUGCAGUCCCUGUUGGUCACGGUUCAGAACGACCUGGAGGAGCAAAGCCUUCCUCAGCCGGUGCAGGAGGACGUCGACAAGUGGGUGUCCGCAUGGUGGUCGGCCAUCAUGGAGAUGGUGACUCCGCCUGCGAGUUUUUCGGCGAGCUCCAGCCUGGAUAUUGUGCAGGGCCAAGGCAUGGAAGAGGGCGAGGAGUUGGCCUUGGCCGAGCGAGACUACAAGGAGGAACAAAAGAGGUGGGCUGAAGAACGGCAACGACAGCAAGACGCCCAUGAGAGUGAAGAAUCUUCGUGGGAGUCCGAGAUGGCACGCAUUACUGCCAUGUAUGACAAUGCUGGUUCGCGCUCCAGUCGCGCCUGGGACGACUGGGCAUUGUACGACGAAAUGCACCGGACGACUCGACCCCGACAGCGAUCGUUGGACGUGACACUGGCUACGGGUGGAGAGGGCACCGAGGUCGUGACAAAGGUGAGAGUGUCGAUGCCUGGGGAGGUUCCUAAUGUUGCCAGGGUGGUUGAGGCUCAGCUGGUGGAGCCCAUCUCGUCUAUGUCCUCGGCUCCGCCCACAGUUCUACUGUCUCGGGACUGCUCGCCGAACAAGCCUCCAGGAGAUCCUGAAGACGGUGGGCGAGGUGCGAUUCCACACUCCUUGCAGUUCCAAGGCUACCUGGAGCAGUCGAAGGCCAAGCACAAGGGCAAGAUUUGA